GUCAAAUUGGGCUUUUGCCGACGGUGCUGGGUGGUGCUAGUGGGUAUGAACAACAAUCAUGAUGUGAUGGUCAGUAUAGAAUAAUUAAAAUAUUCUCACUCAGGAUUAUUUGUACUGCGCUGGCCAUAGUGGGAAUUUGCGGUCAUGGAAAGGGAUCUACCGACCUGAACAUCAUUAACGAAUCGGGCGUACCACUUGAUCCCAACAUGAUUCAAGAAUUGGUUGGUCGCAGAAAGAGAGCAACGGACACCACAACACCGUCGAUUGAUUAUCCCGGAUGGAAAACACAAUUUGGAAACCCCACCAAAGGACUAAUCCUUGCCAAGGAGGAAGAAACAUAUUUCUUCGGGUUUGGAAACUGCCCCUCCCAAAAACCUGACGAGGCGGCGUUAUUGAAAUCCGCCAAAACUGAGGAUGUCAUCAGUUAUUAUCGCACCGUAUUAAGGACAGAUUGCCUCCCGGCCACAUCUGGUCUUAUCAAUGGCUACGUAUCACAAGGAAUUAUUAAACUGAAUGAUAAAAACAUUGAACUUGUCGCAGACCAUCGCUUCCUAACCCAGGCAAAACUGGGACUUCCAGAGCUUAUCAUGGUGUCCGGCGCUACCGAGCUUUCCGCUUUCUCCAUCGUUUUUCAAGAUCACUAUAAACGAGGAAAAUCGCCCUCCGCCCAAGUGGGACCAGACGGGAGCAGAAAAAUUUCAAAGUCGACCGGUUUUAUCGGAGAAGUGUUCCUAACUUAUCUCAAACUUGCGAGGCAAAGUGCACGCCACCAUGUAGCCACUCUGUCCCGAACUGCGGUGCUCAACUUGAACACGAUAUUCACAAAACUGGCCCAGGACGAACAAAAUUUACAACGUUGUGCGGAUUGUGUAGAAGGAAAAGAAGUAAAUUUAAAUGACCGCUUGUACAUUAUGGGGCUGAGCCUUUUUAUCAAAAAGGGACUCGGGUUUGACGAAAAAGAGCCAAAUAUUUUCAAAGCCUUCGAAACUUUCUAUAAAGGAAAUGCAGACAAAUUUGAGAAAUUCGUGAAUGUCUAUUCCUAGACAUUCGUUCUGUAUUUAUGUUCAAAUUCCCAC